CGAAGCAGAUGUUUUCAUAGUUGCUGCAUCGCCAUGAAGUUUUACAGUGGUACGCUGUACAAAACUUUAGUGCUCUUUUAGGUUCAAACGAAAAAAUAAUUAAAUAAUCGAAAACAUUCUAAAUUAUGACUUUAUUUAUUAAAAUUAUUUUUAUACUGAGUUGUGAAGUGUUCAUUUUCAAUCUACCCGAGUCGCAUGGAAUCCAAAAUCCGGGAUACCAUGUAUCGACAUUAAGUGAAGAACUUACACCCAGUGAACGUUUCAUAUAUAUAUUUUUUAGGACUUUGCCGAAUAGGAUUUACUACUCAUAUGAGAAACAUUGUUACAUUGUGAGAGGACAAACAGUCCAUUACCAAAACGAUCUUCGUAGAAAAAGUGAUGGAAAACGAUAUAAAGUCAUGCCCCGAUGGCAGUAUUACUUGAGUAAAUUGUCACCGAUGAAUCUAAUACAAUCUGGACUUGAAUAUGUUUCAAUCGCGAAAAGUAUUUUGGAUGGAGGAGGUCUUGGCGAUUAUGCUGAUGCCGAUUUAGAUGGUUUCGCAGAUGGUGAUGGAGAUGAUGGUAUAGAUGUCGGUGCAGAUGACCCCGAUGAUAGUAAAAAAGAGCCAGGAUUAUUAUCAAAAGGUGUGGACAUGGGUAAGGAUAUGAUGUCGCCACUGUUAAAUUUAUUUGGCGGCUCUAAUGAUGCAAAUAAUAAUAACGAAAAAAAAGAUGGUGAUAAUGGCAAAAACGAUGAAAAGAAAAAUGAAGAGCCCGGUUUCUUAUCAAAAGGUAUGGGCAUGGGUAAAGAUUUGAUGUCGCCAGUGUUCAAUUUCUUUGGCGGCUCUAAUGAUGCGAAUAACAACAAUAAUAAUGAAAAAAAAAACGACCCUAAAGACGAUAAGGAAGGUGACAAGCCAGCAGAAUCCGAAAGCUAUAUGGAUAUGGCCAAAAAUGCCUUGGACAGUCCAGCUGUAGAAGUGGCCAAAGAAGUACUGGAAAGUGACGCUGCCAAAGACGCAGUAAAAACUGGAAUCAGCCUCUUUGUACCCGGAGGACCAGCGAUUGUAGCUGCAAUGGAUGGUAUGCAAAAAUACAAUGAAGCGCAUGCCACAGUCGAUAAAGUGGAAGAUAAAAUACCUAAAUUGAAAUAACAGUCCCACAAUUAAGUGUAAUUAAAAUUCAAAUAUUUUUAGUUUUUGAAAAUCGUGCGAGAAGAUAUUUAUGUUAGUUGAUAAUUAACUACCUUGAGUAUGUUUGCAUGUAUUUAUAAUUUAUUACAAUAUACAGUGAUUAUUUAUGUUCAUGUAAA